AAAGCUAGCUAAUGUUAGCUUGGAUGCUAGCUCCCGGUAGAAUUCAGGCAUUAGUCAAGAACAAGAACAAAAAGUAACUCUCUUCACCUCUGUGGACCAGUGAAUCUGUGGAUCUGUGGACCAGUGGAUCAGUGGACCAGUGGACCAGUGGACCAGUGGAUCAGUGGACCAGUGGAUCUGUGGAUCUGUGGAUCAGUGGAUCUGUGGACCAGUGAAUCUGUGGAUCUGUGGAUCAGUGGAUCAGUGGAUCAGUGGACCAGUGAAUCUGUGGAUCUGUGGAUCAGUGGAUCAGUGGACCAGUGGACCAGUGGAUCAACAGGGACCAAAGUGAUUCUUCACAUUGACUUCAGACAGACUGGCCAGAUCCCGUCAUGUGUGUCACUUCCCUCCUUCUGCUGAGCAGUCUGAGCCUUGCCAUUACAGCUCAAGCUCAAGCCUGCUCCAGACCUGCUGGAGGAGGCAACAUGAGAUUGAACGACGACUUACCAACAUACCUAGAUGGGACAAAAGUCACUUUUGCCUGUAAUGCUGGCUACGUGCCAGCAGGAGGGUCUGCGGCCAUCACUUGCACUGCUGGCAGCUGGAGUACUCUGCGGAUGAAAUGCGAUAGGAGUAACUGUGGCUCUGCUGGAGAAGUGGAAUAUGGGAUUAUCGAUUACCCUGAAGGGUCAGAGUUCGGCGAUAGACUAAAGGUGACUUGCAAAACUGGUUACAGAAUGGUUGGCAAAGAUCGCCUCUUUUGUGGAGCCCAAGGGUGGCUGGGCAGGUUGCCUGAAUGUGAAGUGGUGAGUUGUAAUCCGCCACCUGCGCCAAAGAAUGGCACUUUCAAGCCAAACAAAGAAACCUACACCUUAGGAGAAGUUGUACAGUACACAUGUCAAAACGAUGUGACACUCUCUGGAUCAAGUGAAUCAUCAUGUUCAGUUGAUGGGAUGUUUGAGCCUGCUCCUCCAACAUGUAUCUAUGUUGAAUGUCCAGAGCCUGAUAUUCCAGAUGCAUACUGGGUUGGGGGUUCUCGACCCCCUCAUAAAUACCAAGCUACGGUGACGUACAUGUGCAAUUCCGGGUUUACUAUGAUAGGACAGUCCACCCUGACAUGUGGAAUAGGCCGUCAGUGGUCACCUGAAUUUCCAAAAUGUCAAGGUGCAACUGGCCCGGAUGUCCCACCUCGCAAUGAUGGAAACACCAAAGCUGUAUGGUUGGGUGUUUGUUUGACAGUAAGCGGAACAGUCCUGUUGGUCCAGCAUUGCUUAAUGUAAAGAUGAGCGGUUGAGAAGAGGACGUCACUGGAAGAGUCUUUGAAUGUACUUGUGCCGUCCAUGUGCACGUGGAUGGUGCAGGCUUAUGAAACCCCCAAAAUGAGUUUCUGAAUGCCAGUCUGAGAUUCACACACCUCAGCCAAUGGAGCUCAAACCUGUACCUAGACUCCUCUAUUAGUUGACAAUAAUUUCAAUCUUUGAUAGACCACUCAUAACCACGUUUUCCUAUUCUGCAUAACUCAAUUCAGUGAUGUUUGAGAUGCCUUCCCUUUCCUUUACAACAUCACAGCAGCAUUUCUACGCUGUAACCAUGAAGAAAUUAGAUUUCCUGUUUAUCAGAGAGGCUUGAACUCCAUGUUGAUUUAACACUUUUGCACUAUAGCUCAGAGCACAGCUCAGCCGGACCAUUGUAGCUCCGUUACACCGUCGGCUUAAAACAAGCAAAAUCAGUAAAGACAGUUUGCAUGCUUGACCUUAAAUACAGCUGUUAGGAUUAAACACUUUUUGUUUAAACUUCAGAAACAUUCAAAAAAAUCUAAAUUUAGUUUGAUGCUUAAAUGGUAACUUUGGUAUUAUUCGACCCUAUUUCUCCAUGUUUUUGUGUCUACGUGACUAACAGGGACAACACUUUUUGAAACUGGUCCAGUAUUGAGGGAAAAUGCUGCAGCCGCUAAACGGGCUGGAAAGGUGCUGGAGAGGACCCGACAGAGAAAUGAAGCCUUUUUCUUACUUUUCGCUCGACCCGGUCUGUUUGUUAUUGUGUGUCUCGCUCGGAGAAGUCUCG